AUGGCGCACGACCGGGGGUCAGUGGCUCGCCGUGGCCGCGCUGCACUUGGAGCAGACGAGCAGUCACGGCGGCAGCCAGGAGUGAAGACUGGCGAACUUCCGUCGCAAGGGACGCAAGCUCGCCCAAGGGACGCCUCUAUUGCUGCCUUGCUUUGUAGCCUCACUGCCAUUCUCAUGGGCAUAGCGAUAUUCAGAGUCACAGGGACCAAUUUGCUGUUUCUUGGUGGUGCUGCUGCAGAGUUUCUUUUAAUGUUCAUGCCCUGCAGAGGCCCACCAGCACUGGGCAUUCUUUUGGCUGCGCUUGGGGACAGGCUGCCAAGAGGCAUGCAACUUCAACUGAUGGGCUAUUGUUUCGUGGCCCUCACGGGCUUUACGGCUUUCUCCUGGGCGUUUAGUUGGCUUGCCGCAGAGAUGCUUGGUGUUGCUCGAGAGGUGGUUGCUGUCUUCCUCAGUGCCAGUUGCUUGAUGCUGACAGUUCACUGGGCUAGCAAUUUCGCACAGAAGGUGACAUUGUUGUGGUGCUCUGGCGCCCAGAGAACAGACGCCAAAGAUGCGGGGAGCACGGCUUCACAUGCAAAGCUUCAAGACGAGCUUGUGCAGUUACAAGCAGAACUGGAGCAGGUGAGUGCAGUUGCCACUCGUGCGAUGCAAGGAUCGAUUUUGUGCAAGAUUUGCUAUGAACAGGAAGCUACUUGGUGA